AUGACGCAUCUACCAAAGAAUGAGAGUGAAUGGCGUGCUGUUCUAAGUCCCGAACAAUUCCGUGUCCUUCGCCAAAAAGGCACUGAAAUGGCCGGCACAGGAGCAUACAACAAACAUUACGAGCCAGGCGUGUACGAGUGCGCCGGUUGUCGCGCUCCGCUCUACAAGAGCACGACUAAGUUUAACAGUGGAUGUGGAUGGCCAGCAUUUUUCGACGCCAUUCCAGGUGCCAUCUCGAGGCACGAUGAUUUUUCAUUUGGCAUGAAACGCACCGAAAUUACGUGCAAGAACUGUGGCGGUCAUCUCGGACACGUUUUCUAUGGCGAAGGAUUUCCCACGCCCACAGACGAGCGGCAUUGUGUGAAUUCCAUUUCGUUGUCAUUCAAGGAAGAAUAA